UGGCCGACGUUGAGUUGCGGGAGUGAUGCUCUGUGCGGUGAAUUUGUGGUGAUUAUGCUCCGUGGCGCUUUUUAGGAUUCUUGUGCAAGAAGGCGUUGUCCGUUGCGAUGAGCGGCGACGGAAUCGCUCCGCUGCAAUGGCAGGGGGCGCGUGCCGUCGCCGCCGGCCGGCCAUGAUCGCCGAUCGGGGCCCCCUCCACGCGGCCGGCAGUGGGCUCCGACUUUCAGCCGCCACCCCGGCCCCCGUGGCGCCCUCGCCACACCAGCAGCAGCAGCCGCCGGUGCCCCGCAGGGGCACGGGGUCGGUGAGCACGGGUUCGUCGCCGCCUCCCCCUGCGCCGGCAGAGGCCCCCGGCGUGCCGCCCCGGCGCCUUCCCGCACUACAGGGGCGCUCCAGCCUGAGCGUGUCGCGGUCCCAGUACGUGCUGGGACGCACGGAGGCCCCGCUGCUGGUCAGCUGGGACAUCCGGGAGGAGGUCUCCAAAGAGGACUGGAUUGGCCUGUACCGCACGGAUGAGACGGAUCCUCUGCAUUUCCUGGAGCACAAGAACAAGCGAUGCCUGAGCAACACUGUCAAGGGGCAGGUCCUUUGGAGCAUAGACUGCAAGGACGCUUUUACCGAAGAGAGGACCAAUGUGUGUUUCCGCUACUACCACGGCCCUACGGGUACCCUGAGGGCCGUGAGCCCGGUGGUGACCGUCUGCAGGUCAGCCGACACCACUGGAAUCGUGAACGGCCACGGGUCCGAGGUCCUGGUCGGUUACUCCUCGCAGCAGAUACCGAUGGAGAUGGUCAAGUUCUAUUUGACCAACCUGCAUGCCCGCAACCUGAAGAAGGGGAUGUUCUUCAGCCCGGACCCGUACGUGAAGAUGGGCAUCCAGCCGGGCCUGGGGGACGGGGUCCUGCUGCUGCCCCACCACGGCCAGAUCUGCCGCACAGGGGCUGCCGAGUCCACCGUCCAUCCGUCCUGGCCGGGGCAGUUUGAGUUUAUCGGAUACCCGUCGGACGUGCUCGAGUUUGAGGUCAAGGACAAGUUUGCCCGGAGCCGCCCCAUCAUUGGCCGCUUCCUGGGCAGGCUCGUGGUGCGCAUCUGGGACCUGCUGGACCGAUGCUCCGGGGGCGUACCGAUGGAGCUCAGCUACACUCUGUCCAACAAGACACCACCCGAGCACAUGACGGGCCAACUCUUCUUCACUUUUGUACUGGAACAUGGGCCAGUGGACCCGUGGACCCACAUCCGCCAAGUCCACAAUCCGAUCUACGUGUCGGACGUCCCGCCGGACCCCUGCCCUUCCAGCCCCCCGUCCUCCGAAGUGCCUCCCCCUCCGCCUUCCACCCUGCACCAGCCGCCGCUCACCGCACGAACGACCUCCCUCCCCAACGGGAGCGGCCACCACGCCCCUCCGACCUCCUCCUCCUCUUCCUCGUCCUCCUCCACCUCCUCGGCAGGAGAUCCGGAGCCGGCCCCACGGCGGGACGCCGCACGGAGUCGCAGCGUCCGCUCCAACAGCGAGCACGGCCUCCACUCACCGGGGGCGGCCCCCCAGGCGGCCUCGCGGCGCCUCUCGCAGACGCCGCGACCUCCCACGAAUGCAUCGUCGUCGUCCUUCGUGAACCUUGAGUACAUGCUGCAGCGGGAGGCCGUCCCCGGGACCGGCGCGGACUUGCCGCCGCCGCUGCCUCCAAAGCAGAAGGGUAACCCCCGGCGGCAUCACCAUCAUCAUCGUCACCGGCCGUUGGAGAGGUCGCGCGCGUUGGAUGUGGCGAGGUCGACGACGGAGGAGGUGACUUCUUCGUCGUGGAAGCACGCGAGACACCGGGAGGCGGGCUCACCGGGACCGGGCACGGGGGGUGAGGCCGUCGACUCGGACGGGAGCUCGGCAAGCUUGGCAUCUUCAAGUGCAGCGUCCCCGACAGCGACGACCGGCGAGGAAGAGGCGAGCCCGCCCCCAACGCUGCCCCGGAGGACGGCGAGACCCGCCGUGCUCCAGACAACGUCGGGCGAAGCGGGCACCGUCGGCAGCGGGAGCGCAAGGGCGGCGCCCCUGGCGACUCCGGAGCAGGACUCGUCGCUCCAGGAGGGGGCACCCUCCUCCCUGGAGAACCUGAGCGGGGUCCUGGACGCCCUGGACUCGGACGAGGAGGUGGGACGGGCCGAGGACGAACGGUCGGCGUGCGACUUUGACCGCGCCAACAGCGAGCCGGCCAACCUGGAGUUCGACGCCGGGGGCGUCGCGUCCCCUUCGGCCGGAGACGAGGACAACAGCCCCUCUCCCGCGCCAGGGGGCAGCCGGGGGGCCUCGCCGCAGCAGUCGUCCCUGGGGGACUCAUCCGUGGACGCUUCGUCGUCCCAGACGCUGAGCGCGAGCGAGGAGGAGGAAGAGGACAACGCGGAGGCGAGGAACUUCGAGUGUCGAGAGCAGUCGUCGCAGCGCAGACGGCGUCAGACGCCGCAGCGAUGCCACUCGGACUCUGAGUGCUCGUUCCCACGCCCACGCCGGCAGCACAACCGCCACAGCCACCACCAGGCGCACCACCGGAGGCGGCAGCUGGGAGCCGAGGCCAGGCCAGAUCCCCCGAGGUUGGACCCCUCGUCGAGGGCUGCCUUCGUGUUCCCCGUGGAACAGUCCGGCUGCCUGGCGUCGUCCGGCAGCGUGCCCCUGCUGCUGCCCUACAGCCAGAGCGACCACGGCAGCCUGUCCCUGGGUCCCCCCGAGGAGGCGUGCCCCUUGGGGCCCCGGGGGGCCCUUUCCCGCAUGCGCAUGGGCCCCGAGGAGUACGGCAGGCUCCUCCCCGUGGGCGACGGACUCGUCCUGGCGAGUGUGUCAAGCAACAGAACUUCCACUGUGGAGCCAUCCCCCGCUGCGUCGUCGGUUGCCACCCUGAUGAACGUGCAGCCGCAGCAGCACAGCAACACCACCCGGCUGCCUUCCAUACCGGAGCGUACCAUCCGCUACCAGCGCGUCGAGCUCGAAGAACCGUUACCCCCCCAUUGGGAGGCCCGCAUCGACAGUCACGGACGCGUCUUCUACAUUGACCACCUGAACCGCACCACCACGUGGAACCGGCCCUCUCUCUCGCAGCCCGUCAGUGUCGUCGCCUGCAACGAACUCCAGCGGCAACAGUUUGACCGCAGGUAUCAGAGCAUUCGACGCACAAUGACGCCACGCAUGACGGCCGCGGCUGCGGAACGAGCUUCGGCUGCCGCGGCGGCUGCGGCGGCAGCAGCGGCGGCUUCAUCUCCGGUGGCGACGUGUGCCGUGGGCAUGGCCGCGGCCUCCCCUCCGCCUCCUCCGCCCCCAGCAAUCGAGGAGGUUGUCCCUGGGAGCUGUUCCUCGGUGGCGCCCUCUGCACCCCCGGCUCCGGCCCCGGCUCCAGUGACACCGAGUGCCGACAGCCUAAGGGCGCUGUUGCGGUCGCCCGCAGUUCGCUUUGUUACGCGCUCCGACUUCUUCAACGUGCUGCACAUGAACGACGAUGCCUUGGCUGCUUACAAUAGAAGCUCUUCCUUGAAACACAUGAUCGCCAAGAUCCGGCGAGAUUCCGCCAAUUUCGAGAGGUACCAACAUAACCGGGACCUUGUCAGCCUGCUGAACAAAUUUGCCGACAGGGGAAGAGAACUGCCUCGUGGCUGGGAGACAAAGCUAGACCGCACGGGAAAGCAAUUCUUCAUCGACCACACGGCGCGGAGCACGACGUUCAUCGACCCCCGGCUACCCAUGGACGUGCCCUACUUGAACCCGAGCCGACUGGUGGUGCCUUUGGCCAGGAGGCGCAGCCGCAGUGCAGGGGAGGACGACCGGGCAGAGGCCGCUGCCAGGGCCGGAGGAGCGACGGGGGGCCCCGUUCCCCCUCCCCGGCCCCCGGCGAGCACGGCGGGGGGCGCGUCCGGGGUGGCGGGCGGGGGCGGCAGCGUGCCCACGGCGUACAACGACAAGGUGGUGGCCUUCCUGCGCCAGCCCAACAUCCUGGACAUCCUGAGGGAGCGCCACCCGGCCAUCGCCUCCAACGCCGCCCUAAGGGACCGCGUCCACUGCAUACGCGCCGACGGGACCGCCGCCCUCGGAAGGCUCUCGCACGACCUCGACCUCACCAUCCUGCUCAGCCUGUUUGAACAGGAGAUCAUGUCAUACAUUCCGGCCCAGUACACCUCUGGGAGCAGUUCUAGUCAUCGCUCACCAAGAGAUUCUCCGCAGCCUUCGCCACAGGCCUCCCCAGGACUUCAAAGGGCCAACGUUCGAGCGCCUGCCCCUUACCGACGGGACUUUGAGGCCAAGCUGCGGAACUUCUACCGCAAGCUGGAGUCCAAGGGCUAUGGUCAGGGCCCCAGCAAAUUAAAACUAAACAUCCGUCGGGAUCACCUACUCGAAGACGCAUUCACAAAGAUAAUGGCUGCGUCCAAGAAAGACCUCCAGAAGUCGAGGCUUUACAUAGGAUUUGCAGGAGAAGAAGGGCUGGACUAUGGGGGCCCCUCCCGGGAGUUCUUCUUCCUGCUCUCGCGGGAGCUGUUCAACCCGUACUACGGCCUGUUUGAGUACUCAGCCAACGACACGUACACGGUGCAAGUGAGCCCCAUGGCAGCCUUUGUGGACAACCAGCACGAGUGGUUCCGGUUCAGCGGGCGGGUGCUGGGCUUGGCCCUGGUGCACCAGCACCUGCUUGACGCCUUCUUCACCCGGCCCUUCUACAAGGCCCUGCUCAGGCUGCCCUGCUCGCUGAGCGACCUGGAGUACCUGGAUGCGGAGUUCCACCAGUCGCUGGUCUGGCUGAAGGAGAACGACAUCAGCGACAUGGGCCUGGAGCUGAGCUUCUCGGUGGUGGAGGAGGUGGCCGGCCACGUGCUAGAGCGGGAGCUCAAGCCGGGCGGGCGCUCCCUGCCCGUGUCGGAGCGCAACAAGAAGGAGUACAUCGAGCGCAUGCUCAAGUGGCGCCUGGAGCGGGGCGUUGCCGACCAGACGGAGUGCCUCGUCAGGGGCUUCUACGAGGUCGUCGACUCUCGUCUGGUAUCCGUCUUCGACGCCCGAGAGCUGGAGCUGGUGAUCGCGGGGACGGCAGAGAUAGACACGGCGGACUGGAGGAAAAACACUGAGUACCGAUCGGGCUACCACGACGGCCACCCCGUCAUCCAGUGGUUCUGGCUGGCCAUUGAGAAAUUUGACAACGAGCGUCGCCUGCGGCUGCUCCAGUUUGUCACGGGCACCUCGAGCAUCCCGUACGAGGGCUUCGCCGCGCUGCGCGGCAGCAACGGGCCGCGCAAGUUCUGCAUCGAGAAGUGGGGGAAGCCCACCAGCCUGCCCAGAGCUCACACCUGCUUCAACCGUCUGGACCUUCCUCCGUACACGUCCUUCGACAUGCUGUACGAGAAGCUGCUGCUGGCCGUCGAAGAGUCCAGCACCUUCGGCAUCGAGUGAAGGCCGAAACAAAGGAGACCGAUAGUUCUACCACUGGACACCCAGAGCGUCGUCGUCGUUGUCUCGGUGUCCGGAAGUCGAGCCGAGCCGGCAUCACGAGCCACGCUGCCCCAACGAGGCGGCCCGUCCCCCAGAGCUGCCUCUCUGCCACGUGUGUGCCAGCCAAACUUUGUACGUGCCGGACUGCUAGCUGUGCGCCGUUCCCAUCCAUGCCGACCAAGACGACAAUCCCGGAGGCAUGGAUGGCGACUUCUGCUGCCUUUCCCCAUUUCGUCCCGCGGCUACGGUUUCCGUAUAUUUAUUCCAGUCCCUUUUUUCCGCGGCGCUUCUGCGUUUACGGCUCCAGGGCUGCUUUGCCAAAUACAAUUUGUCGACCGUUUUCUUUUUUUUUUUUAAGGAUGUCCCACGUGCUGUUAUGAGCACGAGGAAGUUACGACUUGUGUUGCUUAUAUGCAAUUGCGGGACAAACACCAUGGCAAUCACCGGUUUUUCUUGCACCAAGAAACUGGCGUCUCGCAAGCAAGUAGCGUAGUCUCCAAGCCGCAAGCCUUCCUCGCCGCGCCCCGGAAACAGCGCGACGCGAGGCGGCCGCUUCGGGUACGGCGACUGUCAUACAUGCGCGGUGGGCACGGUCACACCCAAGUACCACGGUGGGAAGGAGCCAAAUGAAACGGAGCUCGGUCUGUGCAUGGGAGGAAUCACCCUGGUGUCCUUAUUGUUUUUGUAUUUUUUCUCGCCUCGCUGAAAUGCACGAGAAUAGAAUCGUGUCAAGGCGGUGCGUCCGAUGUUCCUUUGCAUUUGCGUCCCACGCUGCCGACUUUGAAGGGUCAAUCGAUUCGAGGCGAGGUGUUGCAUUUUUGCCAGGUAUUGUUCAUAGUAGUAGUUACGACGAGUCCUUUAACAUAUUUAUUCUUUCGGUUUCUCCCUCAGGACACAAACGGGUGUAGUAGCAUAUUAGUCGAUUAACAGUUCCCCCUAUUUAUUUUUGACGCUGCCACAAAACGGAAUCUACCGUGUUUUCCUGUCUUUGUUUUCUUUUUUGUAUUUGAAUUAAUAUUUGCAGAUAUUUAGGAAGUAUUUGGUUGUUAUGAAAGUAUAGUGUUUUCUAACACGUUGUCCAUUAUAUUUUAUUGCUGCUCCUUGUUGUGGUACAACUGCAACAAUUUUUUUUUUUUGGUGUGUCGCUAAUGUAGUCGCGUUUGCUGAAGCCUUCGUUGUUGUGUCCAGCUUUGUGAUAGGUGCGACAGAGAGCAGUAAGGAGUUCCCUACAAACCACUUCUCAUUCCAGACAGCAGGAAGCUUGUUGCAAGCAAACGUCUGUCUUUCAUUUAGCAUGCGUUAUGACAAUUUGUAUAUGUUAUGUGUACAAACUUUAGACUGUUUUUUUUUUUUCUUUUUAGAGGGGGGGGGGGGGGGGGGGGGGGAGAAAGAAAGGAGAAGGAGAGACUUGUCGUACAGCCUGUUUGUAAUGGGGUAUUUGAAUCACUGGUGUACAGCUUUUGAGAUUUGGGUGUUUUAAUUAUUGCCUCCUGGGUGCCCUCUUUUGUGCAUAACUUUGACUCGUGUUGUUUUCAAGGAUGCCGGGAUUAAUGAUUCCCGAAAACAAAAUAUCCUUGCGAAAGGAGAUACAUUUAGACAAGGUGUUUUUUUCACCGACAGCGUUUGCCCCUGUACAACUAUGCUCGGCUUCCCAUUGUGCCACCUGUCGAAAAUGAGGAAUGGCCGAUCCAUUACUGCAUGGAAGACAGAAGGUCAGCUAAAUUGGCAAGCUUUCUGUGAAGUAGAAUCGCUGCCGACUGUAUGACAAUGAUGAAAUUACGGGAUAUUCACUGCAGGGUCACAUUUUUUUAUGGAAAUUAUGCUUUGCAGAUGUGUGCAAAGGAAAGAGAGUUCCCGAGAAAAGAGAACAGUUUUUUUUGGCCCGGGUAAAUAAACUGUGCAUCGCACGAAGCUCAAACUUCAUGAGAGUGUGACCCCAGGAGUUUGGAUAUUACACGAAAGUUUGAAAACACGACUCUACCUUGAUCCAAAGAUAAUUGAGCCGACAACCACCUAAGCCUAAUAUCGUCAAAACAAGAAAGGACACUGUGGGCACAUGAAGCAUCUAUUUCAGUGAACAAAACUUCUCAGCAAGAAAGACUAUAUUGUUUUCUUUCUUGCUGACAAGUUGUGUUUCACUAAAAAAGAUAGAACAGGUGCAAACAGUGUCAUUUCUUAAUUUCACAAUAUUAGGCUUAGCUGGGCAUCGGCCCAUAAACAAAUUUUGUUUUUUCUCAAUUAUCUUUUGACCCAGGUGACGUUAUUUUCUCAAACUUUAACGUUCUAUCCCAAUUGUUAGCAUUACAUUCUCACGAAGUUUGCGCUUUCUGCUAUGCAUAGUUUAUUUACUUGAACCAAAAAACUUGGUUCUCAUCUCUUGGAGACUCCCUGUAGUUAAUGCUACUACCAAUUUCAAAGGAUGUCUAAUUUAUUUUUAGCCUUGGGUCAACUGACUUCAAAUUUUCACUGCCUUUAUGCGCAAACCUCAGAAGAAAGGUCACAGACGGAAGUCUUGUAGCAUGACUGCUGCUUGAGUUCGGUGAAGCCUUUUUGUUAGUUUGCUUUUUAUUCCUGUGAAUUAUAAUGGCCGGUUUUAUACUGAGUGAGAAAUGCUAUCUACUGCCAUGAAAAAAAAAACUUGUUCACCCGGUGUCAUUGAUCAGUUGUCACUGUUUUUAACCUUUUAUUUUGUUGGUGUUGUCUGCCUGUUUUAUUAUUUUAAGUUUUUGCCUUGUAGGUUUCGAAAAUGACCCCUAACAAAUGACGCAUUUCAAGCUUUGUCUUCGCUGCUGCGACGAAAGACUUGAGAAACUCGGCAUAAUAUUUAGUGUGACACUCCCCAACAAAAAUAUCAUUGUUUGUGAAUGCAAAGUUUGUUGAUGCGGCAAACCUUCUGUGGUUCCGAACAAAGCUACCACCGCUGAGUGGUGCAUCUCACACUCGGAGGGACUCGCAGUCAUUCCUCCAUUGUCUACUUGGUUGCACUUUGGCGAGGCUGGAGCACAGUCAAUACAAACCAUGUCACAUAGGGCUCAGAAGUGCAUGGUUUGAACCAUUGGAAUUUGUUUCUUGGUGCAUGGUGCCGCAGCUGAGUGCCGGGAUGAAGUUGGACUGUGUAUACCAUAACAGAAGUUUUAAAAUGAGAUCUUGGCUGAACCGAAAAUGUACGAGAGAUCUGUUCUGUGGUGGCACCUUGCUGAGGCAAUAGGCCCAUCUGGUUACAAAACAUGCUUCAUGGUAGCAGGUAAUUGCUGUUUUGAGCAAGGUACAAAUUUCGUUUAUGCUUUUCCUUAGCCUACGAAAACAACUCUAGUUUGAAUGCCAUAUUCGCAACGUCGCCGUUGAACCAAUGAAAGUUACUUUGCGCCAGAUUACCAGUGCGCCACAAAGAAAUUUGGAAAUUAGUGCACUCCACACAAAGUGUUGCCGGUUCCUUUGUGACGCCCUGUCGACGACAGGAUGCAAGGCUUCGUGGCGUGUUCUAGCAUUCCCAGGAGACUUUGUACGAACCCAGGCAUUUCCAGGCUCGCUCGCUCCCUCUCGCAGCCCAGCAGUAGUCGCCAGUGGCGGCUUGCAGUGAUAACCGCUUCGCAUUCUCGGAUGGCUGCUGCUUUCUUGCGGCCCUCCUUUUCUAAGCCACGGAGUAUUUUGGUAUACGAAAAACAAAACAGGAAAAGUGGCGACGCUGAGAUGGCUGCCCUCUUCUUUGCCCGCUGAAGGGGUGAGCGUAUGCUCCGUUCCUUUUUGCACAUGCGGCGGGUUUUCGACGGGCGGGUAAAGUUGCACACGGCUUUUUGUACAAACGACAUGUGUACGCACGGAUGCGCCCAUGCACACGCAAAGUGGGCACGACUGUACAGUGAAUGAAUGAAACGGCAAUGCUCCUGUAUAUUAUAGAGCAAUAAAAAAAUGGGUUCGCAAGCCAAGGAGUUUUGGUGA